GAGAAAAAUGCACCAAGCAAGAAGCAGCAAGGAAAAGUCAACAAAAGUCAUUGCGGUGUAAACGUUAUCGUUGUCAAAGUGGUUUUUUCUGUAAAAAAAAAUCCUCAUUCGUAUGCAAUUUCAAUGACAAUUAAAUUGAUUUCGAAGGCCUAUAUGGCGACAACACAACGGAAAGUUUUUCUUCUUCAUUUGUCGCUCGAUAUCUCUGUCUGUCUCGUUUUAGCAUAGCAACAUUAGUCGAACUGUCAAAAAAAUUUGACAUCAGUCGCACGAUUGAUGCAUAAACACAACAACGUACUAUUAACAUAUUUUCUUGAUGAAAAAUCCGCAAACGCUCGAAAAUCCACCAAAAAUACGACCGUUUGAUGCGAUUAGUGAAAGAAAUGUGGAAAAAGUGGAAAUUCGACUGAAAAAUGUGCUAGAAUUGUGGUGAAUGGACCGCUAAAAACGGCAAUUAAUACAGCGAACACUUAACCUUAAAUCAUCUCAUCAUUCUGUUUAUGCAAAACAGUUUGUUAUUUAAGUCAUUUUAGUUUGUUUUUUUCUUUACCGAAAAAAGUCUGACCAAUUUUGGUUCGUUUAUACUGGAAAAGGUUAUCCAAUAAACAGCAGCCGUAGGUUGUGAAUUUUAAAAGUUUUAAAAACAUAGUUCACAAUGGAUCAAAUGCUACCGAGUCCAGGGUUCUCAAUACCCAGCAUCGGAACACCGUUCCAGCAGUUGGAAGAGGACCAAACAAUUAUCGCAAACAAUCCAUAUUAUGCACAAAAUGCAAUUCAUCCGCCGACUGGGUUAACGCCAGUCGGUAUGGGCAAUGCCAGUACAAGCAACAAUGGCGUUGGCAGCAGCGGCCUUAAUACAAAUGUUAACGUUGAAACAUCCACAAGUGCAACAUCGAGCUUGCCGUCACUCAUGAACACACCGACAAAGGCCAACAGUUACCAACCCAGCUAUCAACCACCACCACAGAGCCUCAUGCAACCACAAACACCGCAAAGUUUGAUGUCGCCAAUGGUGCCGAUGACGGAACGUGUUAGCGAAAAUGUGCCCAGCGUAAAUGUUCAUCCUAUGACACCGAUGACACCCGGCUCACAAGAUCCCGCUAUUUUGCCUCAAUUACAAAACAUUGUGUCAACGGUGAAUUUAAAUUGUAAGCUUGAUCUUAAGAAAAUUGCAUUACAUGCCCGUAACGCUGAGUACAAUCCAAAACGUUUUGCUGCCGUAAUUAUGCGAAUACGUGAACCGAGAACGACUGCCUUGAUCUUUUCAUCGGGGAAAAUGGUGUGUACGGGUGCGAAGAGUGAAGAAGAUUCCCGUUUGGCCGCCCGCAAAUAUGCUCGAAUUAUACAAAAGCUCGGUUUUACGGCGAAAUUUUUAGAUUUUAAAAUACAAAAUAUGGUCGGCAGUUGCGACGUUAAAUUUCCAAUUCGAUUGGAGGGUUUAGUUUUAACACACUCUAAGUUCAGUUCGUAUGAGCCAGAAUUGUUUCCGGGUCUUAUUUAUCGUAUGGUCAAACCAAGAAUUGUGCUGUUGAUUUUUGUGUCGGGCAAAGUCGUACUUACCGGUGCCAAAGUUCGUCAAGAAAUCUACGAUGCAUUCGACAACAUUUAUCCAAUUUUGAAGAGCUUCAAGAAACAAUAGGAAAAGUAAAGAUGACAUCGGUGAUUUGGUGCGGCUAACAUAUGACACACACGCAAAUAAAACAAAACAAAACAAAACCAAACACAUCAACAUUUCGAUUAGACUAAAUAAGGAGGCCCCUUAGCAGUACACACACACGUCGGUCUUUUUUUGACUUAAUCAUCAUUAAUUUUUAUCUCGUAAUGUCGUUUAGUUUAAUUAAUAAAAUUACAAAAACAACAAAAAAUGGAAUAAAUGAUUAUUUCACGAAGAAAAUUCCCAUGCAAGAAAAAAAAAACGAACCUAAAUUUAUAAAUUAUAUUUGAUUAUUUUUAACCUUUAGUUGAAUUCAAUAGAAAUAAUAAAAAAAAACGACCAUCAUGAACAAAAUGAAACAAA